CGUUUUUUCAAUGGAGUCACGCGGUACUUCAUGUUCGCCGAAUAAAUCAAGUCGACGAUGGGGUUCUUUACUGUACACGAUAUCGAAAGAAAAAAGAGUCGAUUCGAGCUCGGUCUCAUUUAUUAGGCUCGCCUCCAACCCCAUUGCUAUAGGUCCUGUCGACCUUACACAAUAAAUAGCAGUAUAAUGUAGGCGUUUCGGUUGUAGAACAGCGCGGAUAAAACAACAACAUAAACCGGGCCUAAGCAAAUUAUAAAUAGGCGAAUAAAAAUGAAAGCUGUAGUUUGGGAAAAGCAACAGCGGAAGGCUCGAACCUUUUCUGAGGGAAUAAUAAAAAAAAGCAUGGAAAAAGCGAGCUGUUGCGAAAAAUUAUUCGCCAUUCGUCAACGGGCCACUGAGCCAUUUGGUCUGAACUGCUGCUAAUCGUAAAGUGUGAUUAAGGAACGAGCUAGUAUCGGUUGCCUCAAAUAUUCAAUGACAGUGAAAAAAUGAACGUUAUACAGUUUAAACUGCCAGGGAAUUUCAAACCCAAAUCGAAAGCUUACCGGGGACGAAAGAAGGGCCGUGUGUGGGCUACACCGGAAACUCUGUUCACACUGUGCGAAAUCGUGCUCCGGAAGUUGCUGCUGCCGGUCGCUUCGCGGCGGAAAUUCUGGUCCACCGUCAUUUCCUUCUUGCCAAACGAGACUGCCCGUUUCGCUGUUUGGCACCAGGUUUUCUGCCCGGAGGAUUUCAACCAACAUCUACGCUCAACUGUGAACUACGCUAACCACUGGGCGCUGCUUUCGUCGGAACGACCUCCGACGGGCACAAACAUCCGUGUCGGUUCACUAGUUCGGAACAAAAUCACCCAACUGCUGCUGGAUUUGGACUACUGCAGUAGCAGCGACAGCGAGUGUCUAUUGCCCCCGGUUGGUGGCCAGAUGGCGCAUUUUGGCACGGCAUCACGGGAACCGUACAAGACUGGUGAAAUUUUACCAACGGAACUGAGCCCGCAGGCUUCAACGUGUAGUUGCUACCGCUGCUACCGUUGUAUCACCGAUCAAUACGGAUACCGCCGCUCGCUGAUGGCCAGACAACGAGUAGCGGCCCCACAAUUAAUGGUCCUGGGACGGGGACAAAUGAUGAACCCACGCAGCAGCUGUCCGGUGCAAAUUAAUGAUGUCAUUUCCUGUGGCCGUUGCCGGGCAAAGCUGUAAUCGU